CGCACAAACACGUCUUAGGGUGUCUAACCCACUCUACUACAGAGCAGUGUAAACAAACUUGCUGAGACGGCAGCUUUUGGCAAAUCUUCGACUGCGAAGGUUCACUCGGAAGCAUCAUGGCUCAAGCAGGGCCAUCCAACCCUCCAAGGAGGAAAGGUGGCAAGAAUGUGGAACCGAAAGUAAAGGCGAAGAAAGUGAAAAAGAUGAGCGAGGCGAAGACCAUCGCAGCGCUUGAGCAGGCGGCGUUACAUUUCGAGCCACCUGCGGGCCUUGAGGCCUUCUCAGAACUCCCAAUAUCUGAACUCACUAAUCGUGGACUGAAGCGCGCGCAUUUUGUCAAAAUGACGGACAUCCAAGCCAAGAGUAUUCCUGUCUCACUGAAGGGCAAGGACGUGCUAGGUGCUGCGCGAACUGGGAGCGGAAAGACACUCGCUUUCCUUAUUCCGGCGUUGGAGAUUCUUUACCGUCGGAAAUGGGGGCCGCAAGACGGGCUUGGGGCAUUGAUUAUUUCACCGACGCGGGAGUUGGCUGUGCAAAUAUUCGACGUGCUUCGCAGUAUAGGAGGUUACCAUAGCUUCUCAGCUGGCCUUGUCAUUGGCGGCAAGAAUUUGAAGGACGAAAGCGAGCGGCUAGCCCGUAUGAACAUCCUUGUUGCGACCCCUGGACGUUUACUGCAACACAUGGACCAAACUAUUGGAUUUGAGUGCGACAACCUACAAGUGCUAGUGCUAGACGAAGCCGACCGGAUAUUGGACAUGGGCUUCCAGCGCACACUCACCGCCCUACUAUCGCAUCUCCCUAAAUCUCGCCAGACCCUCCUCUUCUCUGCCACCCAGACUCAGUCCGUCGCCGACCUUGCACGAUUGAGUCUUAAAGAUCCGGUGAGCGUCGGCAUCGACCAGACGAAUACCGAGGGCGCGACGCCAAAAGCGCUCGAGCAGCAUUACGUACUUUGCGAACUCGACAAGAAGCUGGACGUGCUCUGGAGUUUCAUCAAGAGCCACCUACAAACCAAAACGCUCGUGUUCAUGUCGAGCUGCAAGCAGGUGCGCUUCGCGUUCGAGACGUUCUGCAAGAUGCACCCCGGUAUCCCGCUCCUGCACUUGCACGGGAAGCAGAAGCAGAUGGCGCGUCUCGAGAUGUUCAAGCGCUUCACGUCGAUGAAACACGCCGUGCUCUUCGCGACGGACAUCGCUGCGCGUGGGCUCGACUUCCCCUCCGUCGACUGGGUCGUGCAGCUCGACGCGCCCGAGGACGCGGACACGUAUAUCCACCGUGUCGGGCGAACGGCACGGUACGAGAGUGCGGGCAAGGGCCUGUUGCUGAUGCUACCGAGCGAAGAGGAGGGCAUGGUCGCGGCGUUGAAGAAGAAGAACAUCGAGAUUCAGAAGAUCAAGAUCAAGGGCAGCAAGACACAGAGUAUUGCGAACCAACUGCAGAAACUCGCGUUCCAGGAGCCGGAGAUCAAGUACCUUGGGCAACGUGCCUUCGUUUCAUACCUCCGCUCUGUGUACCUGCACAAAGACAAAUCCAUCUUCAAGGUCGACGAGUUGCCCGUUAAACAGUUUGCGGAGUCGCUCGGUCUGCCUGGUGUGCCCAAGAUCAAGUUCCUCAGCAAGGAGCUAGCGAAGAAAAAGAAAAACGCUUCGCGAGAGGUGGCGGAAACCCUGCCACCAGCACGUCCAGAGCCGGAGGAGGCCAGCUUCGAAGCGUACGAGUCUUCGGAAGGGGAGUCGGACGAAGAGGACGAGGAUGCCCCGGCGGAAGCCGGCACUUCCGAAGAAAAGACUGUCCGCGUACGCACAAAAUACGAUCGGAUGUUCGAGCGCAAGAACCAGAACAUCCUCUCCGAGCACUACAGCAAACUCGUCGACCACGACGCCGAAGACUCCGACGACGACUUUAUCACGCUCAAACGCGCAGACCACGAGCUCGAGGGCGACGCGGCCAUGGAGCUUGAUGAAUUCACGUCGAAGCGCAAGGCGCGGCUCGCCGCGUCGAAGAAGGCCGCGGCGAAGUCCGGGCCGCGGGGCCACAAACUCGUGUUCGACGACGAGGGUGUCCCACACGAGCUGUACGAGCUGCAGAGCGUGGCGGAUGUGUUCAAGGACGCAGACGACGCGCGCGAAGCCGGGCGCGUGUUCGCGGCGAGCGAGCGCGGGAAGCUGCAGGAGGCGGACGUGGCGGACAAGGCGGAGGCGAAGGAGAAGAAGCGGGAGAAGAAGCGGAAGCGCAAGGAGCGCGAGCGCGAGGGAGACGACUACGACUCCGACGAGGGCGACGUGGCCAUGGGCCCGACUGUUGCAGCGCCAUCCGACGACGAUGGCUAUGUGUCACCCGAGUUCGACUUGUCAUCCGGCUCGGAUGAGGAGAGCGAGUUCGAGCGCCCGCCAACGAAGAAAACCAAGACGACCGCACCGACACGGACGGCAGCGUCUACCUUGGAGGAAGAGGAGGAACUUGCUCUGCAGAUGCUACGGAGUAGGCGGUAG